GAGGAGGGAUAGAGGAAUCACAACAGAACCACUACGGACUUGACAGCUCUGUUUUGUGCCGCUGAAACACGCUGUAGUUCUGUUAAUAUCGAGAGCGGAUAUGUCACGAAAACCCAAAGACGAAUAUUACCGUUUUUUCAGCGUUACCGACCCACGAACACACGAGAAGGGACACACCGAGUACAAAGUGACAGCAAGGUUUGUGUCCAAGCGUCAUCCUGAGGAUGUGAAGGAGGUCAUCGUGUGGAGGAGAUUUUCAGAGUUGAAGAAGCUCCACAGAGAGUUAGCCUACACACACAAGAACCUGUUCAGAAGACAGGAGGAGUUUCCAUCUUUUCCUCCCGCACAAGUCUUUGGAAGGUUUGAUGAUGCUGUUAUUGAAGAGAGGAGGAGGGCCACAGAGGCCAUGCUUCUAUUUACUACCAGCAUACCUGCGCUGUACAACAGCCCACAGCUCAAGGACUUCUUCAGAGGUGGUGAAGUCACAAGACCUCUGGAUCCCACCCCUAUGUCCUCUGAGGGGCCUCUUCCUCCCCCUCUCAUCCCCCUGCCCAAGCGGAGGGCGUCAGACUGUGAGCCUGCAGAAGAAGAGGAGGGAAGGGAAGCUCCAACCUUACCUCAAGACCUGGGCAACAACGUUGGAUUAGAAGUGGGAGAGCCAGAGGUGGCAGCUGAGGCUUACAGCGAGAUGGGAGGCUCCCCGAGAGAAGAAGAGCAGGAGGAACUAAGCGAUACAGAGCUUUCCAACAGAGAGCCAUCCCCAGUGAGAAAAUAUAAAUCACAGGAGUCCCAGGAAGAGUUUGAUUCACUGUUUGACUCUGUGGUAGAAGAGCAAGUUCCAUCCCCCAAAGAAGAAGGCCCACCUCCGCUGUCUGAUAAUGACUUGGCUGCCUUUGAUCCCUGCUAUAAACAAGAUGCAGCCAUUUCCUCUUGUGACUACUCAGAGUUGUUCUCACUGCCGCCAUCUAGCUUGAACGGAGGUGAUGUGGCUUACCUGAACCAAGCUGCAACUGAGCUGACUUCAGCGAUGCAGAAGGAGAAGGACGGAGAAUUCAGUUCUGCCAUUCGUGGUUACAGGAUGGCAGUGGAUAUACUGAUCACUGGAGUGCAGGGUGAUCCAGAUCCCAUCCGUAAAGAGUCUGUGAUGAGAAGGACGGCCCAGUAUCUGAAGCACACUGAGACGUUGGUUGACAGGCACUCUUCGCCUACACACACUCAAACAUAGACACACACGCAUCCAAAGGACACACUGAAAUCACACUAAUAAUCACUGUUGAUCACACAUGAAGGCAGAAGAAAGAUGGAAGCUCAGGGUUGUGACACACCCAGAGACAUGAUAUACUGGUUUAGAUGUCCACAUCAGGAAUAAGAAGCUCCUUUAGGCAUUAAACUAGCACACACACACUCCUGAGGUACUGUAGUUUAAAAGAUUGGAAUAUCUGAAGGUUGUAAACUAGUGCAUCAUUCACCUCUUUCUAUGUAUCUGUUUCUAAAUUUCUCUUGUUUGAAUAUUGGCCUUCCUUUUACAAUGCUCUCUUGUUAAGUACAGUAAUGUGUAUGUAUAUGUGUAAUUUGCAUUUUGCACAAAUGUUUUGUUAAUAAUAAAUGAUUUUAAUUUAAGCUAAUACAGUAGCUGUUUUUAUUGGUAAAAGUCCGAUAACAACACAGGCAGAAUACUUUAUGGGGCCCACAUCUGGAAAAUUAUGCUCGUUUAUGCAUUUAGUAGUUGAUUGAUGCUCCUAUAGCACAACUUACUGCAUCAACGUAUGUGAUGUAGCAUGGAAUCA